AUGCAGCUCUGCCUCGUCGACAACGACCCCACCGCGACCCUGCUCGUCUCGUCCGACGGCGAACCCAUGUACGCAAUCGAGACGCCGCCUCUCCCGCACGCCACCUACGACAGCCUCCCUGCGCGCCGCCGGCCCAAGUCGAGCACGACGACGGUGAAGCGUCUGAGUCGGUACCACCAGGUUAGUGGGCCGGUGGAAAAGGCGGUGGGUGUCGUGGAGUAUCUGGGGGAGGGAGAGGGGACGUGCAUGCAGCUCUGUACGGAUAGCGAUGAGCAUGAGAUGAAGAUUGGGCCGUGUCGAUCGGCGAGGGCGAUUGAGGAUAUGCCAGUGGGUGAGGAAAAGAGGGAGGGCGAUCAGGAUAACUCGGAGGAGAACUCUUGGGUGUUCAUGGGCCCCGAUUCACGAAAGUACAAGUGGCAACUGUUCCUCUACUCACCUGUGUCAUACCCCACUGGCACGAUACCGCCGUGCCAAACUAGGGAUCGUGUCGCGUUCACGACGCGCCUUCCUCGAAUCCUGCCUUUGGGACUGAACAUCCUCGAUCUCAUCAUCGUGACUUUCGUUGCGUUCAUGAAGCAGCGUGUCCUUGUUGACGGUGGCCAGAUCGGUUCUGUGCUAGAAGAGCACGUCGUUCCUUCCCCCAGUCCAGUCGUGAUGCCGCCAAUGAACACGCCAUCUAUGUCACCUGUGUCGCCAGUGGUUCCUCCUCAACCAAAAUGUCUUUCCAUGCGUGCUGCAAAAAUACAGGCGAUCCAGUCGCCUAUUUUCCUUCAUAAACCGCGGAAGGACCUUCCACAUCGAUAUCCCUAUCGUAUGGCGCGUCAUUUCUGGCUAUCUCUCUAUUAUCCUUCAAGGGUUUGA